AUGAGAGUUGUUGGAAUUUUUACUGUUUUGGUAAGUGUUUUAGUGUUUGCUGACGCAUCUUUUCCCAGUUACGACCAAAUAGCGCUGAUAACGAGUUCAUGGGCAUACGCAUAUUUUGAUUCCGCCAACCCAGUAUUGGUUAAGCUAGCUUGGUGGGGUGCUUUUCUUGCUUCCGAUGGAGGGCCAAUUGCAUGGAUUGAACAGAUGCAGGACACCUGUGACGCUUGUAAAUCCAAACAUGAGGAUCCUGCCAACACUGAUUGCAGAAAGGGCAUUUACGCUUUAGUGAAAGGUGCAAUUAAAAAUGUGGUAACAGGAGCAUUGGGUUGGCAUAGUGGUCUAGGCCCUAAUGGUGAAUUUUUAGAUGGUUACUUUAAUAAGAGAACCGUUUUAACUCUUAGCAAUCAUACUAAUAGCUUGGGUCAAAUACAUGCUGGAAUAGCAGCAGCUUUUGUCGAAAAUGGAGGAGUAUUAAUUAGAAAUGAUCUGUCAAAAUUAGAAGUCAGAGAUAAUGACAGCAGCAGUGAUAUCAUCGUCCAAGUGCAUAAUAAUACUUCCGGUUUUUCUUAUGAUGCAAUUAUAAGACCCAAGAAUGAAACUUGUGGAACUUUAUUAAUUGGGUCGUCAAUGAAUUCUUCUAGUGUUUCCAAGCGAAACCCCGUGAAACUUUAUCCUCUUUGUGAGGGUUAUUUUGCUACUGAUUAUUGUGCAAAUCAAAAACAAUGGGCAGGUUUUUACAGCAGUAACGAACUAGAAGCCCAAAUAAACGAAAUCGUUCAAAAUGAUGUAACUGGGGGAUGGCAAACAGAUUUCUUAAAACUGUAUACGUUUCAGGAAGAUGGAAAGGAUCAAGAUUGGCAACUGUCCAUUCGUAUGUAUUAUGUGCAAGAAGGAGUGAAUGCUUAUUGGGAUUCAUGUGAUACAGGAAGUUAG